GGGCGUGCUCGACGACGGGGAGGCGAUGUUGAUGCUGGAUUGCAGUUCAGAGUCUGGUAGUUUCAGCAGUCUGUUUGAGGCGGGAACCGGUGUGAACGCACCUGCAGAUGCCUUUGGCCAGUCUCCAGCUCACUUGGCCGCUUGUGCCGGCGAAGCUUUUUUCCUACUUUGGCAACUGCAGACAGGAGCAAAUUUGAACCAACAGGAUUGCCUUGGAGAAGCCCCGAUUCAUAAAGCAGCAAAAGUUGGGAGUUUGGAAUGUCUUGCUCUCCUUGUUGCUGGCGAUGCCAAAAUUGACUUGUGCAACAACAGCGGACAGACAGCAGCAGACCUUGCACUGGCUUACGGCUUUCUGGAAUGUGCCAAGUUCCUCACAACAAUUCAGCACACUCAGACAAUGAAACUGAGAGGACAGUCUGGGUACUCACUGAGUGACAAACGUGGCUUGCUGAGAGAGGAUCCAGCUGCACAGAAACAAGAAAGUGAAACCAGCAGAUCCAUAAGCAGGAAGAGGAGAAGAUCGGAUGAUCUUGUCUCCUAGCUGACAAAAGCAACAGCUUGUAAUCCCAAAAUGAAAUCAAGGGGAAUCCGAAGUCUGAAGAAACGUGACUGGACUAUGCAUUGAGCAGCCAGAUGUGUACGCGCUGGUACAUUGUCUCCUUCUGAGAAGGAGAAAAGCUCGUUUAUUUUUACUUCUUACAGAAGACUGGUGUGGUUUUUUUUUUUUUUUCUAGCAUAGUUGUAUUCAUACAGCUAUAAAUAAAUGAGCAUAU